AUGAUAGAGGACUUAGGAAUGUUACAAAGAGAUCCAAAGUGUUCUAGGUUACAACAGAAGAUUAAGGAAACACUGAUAGAUUGGUGUGAUGAAAAGGAACUUAAUUUAAUACUAACAACUGGAGGAACAGGGUUUGCACCACGAGAUGUCACUCCAGAGAAAUUCCCAACAUUCCCAUUUUGUGGGCUCCAGAAAGGGGCCACAAAAGAAGUAAUAGAACGGGAAGCACCAGGGAUGGCCCUAGCAAUGCUGAUGGGAUCACUUAAUGUUACACCUCUGGGCAUGCUCUCUAGGCCUGUGUGUGGAAUCAGAGGGAAAACUCUCAUAAUUAACUUGCCAGGUAGCAAGAAAGGAUCUCAGGAAUGCUUUCAGUUCAUACUGCCAGCUCUACCUCAUGCCAUUGACCUUUUACGUGAUGCCAUUGUAAAAGUAAAGGAGGUGCAUGAUGAACUUGAAGAUUUACCUUCCCCGCCACCUCCUCUUUCCCCACCUCCCACAACCAGCCCCCAUAAACAGACAGAAGACAAAGGAGUUCAAUGUGAGGAAGAGGAAGAAGAGAAGAAAGACAGUGGUGUUGCUUCAACAGAAGAUAGUUCCUCAUCGCAUAUAACUGCAGCAGCCAUUGCUGCCAAGAAGCAUCCAUUCUACACCAGUCCUGCUGUUAUCAUGGCAUACGGUGAACAGCCCAUCCCUGGUCUCAUCAGUUAUUCCCAUCAUGCAAAAGGCAGUGCAGAUGAACGGAUUCCAGACUCCAUCAUCUCUCGUGGCGUUCAGGUGCUCCCACGAGACACAGCCUCCCUUAGCACUACUCCUUCAGAAUCGCCUCGUGCUCAGGCUACAUCUCGCCUUUCUACAGCUUCCUGCCCAACACCAAAACAAAUUAGACGGCCGGAUGAAAGCAAAGGAGUUGCUAGUAGAGUUGGAUCCCUCAAAGUCCAGUCCAGGUGCAGCAGCAAGGAGAACAUUCUCAGAGCUA